ACUCGUGCUGCUCCCCUGAUCCUUCUCGCUACCUUCAUCUCCUUCUCCGCCUACCCCUCCUCCUCCUCCUCCUCUCUUAACUGCGAUCGCCACCGCCGCCUCCACACCACCGCCCCCUCUCCUUUACCUUUCCUCGUACUCGCCCACUGGUGGCCGGCCGCUGCAGCAGCUUCAUCGCUUCGCUUGAUCUCCUCUGCACAGAAAUUCUUUGCAGUCUACUGUAAACAUGGAUUGCUGCUUUAUGUUCCGAAAGAGAUCUCAGCCUGUUGAAGGCGAUGAUGAUGUACACAGUGUGAAGGUCUUUUCUUACAACGAGUUGAGGAAGGCAACUCUAGAUUUCAGCGGGGCAAACAAGAUUGGAGAGGGUGGUUUUGGCUCCGUAUUCAGGGGAAUGCUCAAAGACGGUAGAUUAGUUGCCGUGAAAGUGCUUUCAGCGACUUCAAGGCAAGGUGUCCGAGAGUUCUUAACUGAACUUACGGCAAUUUCUGACAUCAAGCAUGAAAACCUGGUCACGCUUAUCGGCUGCUGUGCUGAAGGGUCCCAUAGGAUCCUCGUUUACAAUUACCUUGAGAAAAACAGCCUUUCACAGACGUUGCUAGGGUCCAACUACAGCAGCAUUCUGUUCGAUUGGAAGGCCCGCGUCAAAAUUGCCGUGGGUGUUGCCCGUGGACUUGCAUUUCUACAUGAGGAGAUCCGUCCUCACAUUAUCCACAGGGACAUUAAAGCGAGCAACAUUCUUCUCGACAAGGACCUUACACCGAAAAUUUCUGAUUUUGGGUUGGCGAGGCUCCUUCCACCCAAUGCAACUCAUGUGAGCACCCGAGUGGCAGGCACAUUGGGAUACUUGGCUCCUGAAUAUGCUAUCCGAGGUCAAGUGACGAAGAAGUCCGACAUCUAUAGUUUUGGAGUUCUUCUCUUGGAAAUUGUUUGUGGCCGGUGCAACACAAACACAAGAUUGCCUAGUGAAGACCAAUUUCUCCUUGAGAAGACAUGGGCACUCUAUGAGCAAGAACAUCUAGAAGAAAUCGUAGAUGCUGAUAUAGACAAUGACCUAGACAUCGAGGAGGCAUGCCUGUUCUUGAAGAUUGGCCUCCUAUGCACGCAAGACGCGAUGGCUCGCCGUCCCCACAUGGGCGCCGUUGUCAGGAUGCUCACCGGAAGCAAGCACGUCUCCAUGGAGAAGAUCACUAGGCCUGCCAUGAUCACUGACUUUGCAGAGCUCAAGGUCAGCAGCAAACCACAAGAAGUGAACCGAGCAAGCCCCAACACGUCGAGAUCCUUCAGCACCACCGAGGUGACGGAGCCGCUGUUCUCGACGUCGGACACACCCACACAGGUUUCUGUGUGACAAAUAUUGGACAGAGUUAGCGUCAUUCGAUUUGUACAUUGUCGUGUGGUAGAAGAUAGAUACGCUCGGUUUUUGAGAAAAAUUUCUUUGUAUCACGAGCAGAGGUUGGAUAAUAUUAGCAGGCAACCUGUCGCGUGCUUGGUUUGUAAGAUGUAAAUAUUUGGAGAUGGGUCGGAGAUGAUUCAAGAUAAAGCUUUUGCAAGGAUUCACAUCGAA